UUCGGGUUUUGAGCUCACUACUGGCACUGAUCGCGCAAGAAUCUUUUGCUAAACUUUAACGAACGCCUUCGUAUACUUACUCUCGAAUGUCAGCGAAAUAUCGCAUAUAUGAGUCGAUAUAUCCAUAUCCACAGCGUCCGCGAAGCCAUAUUUGGUCGGGACAUCCGGGACGCCCCUGAUGACUAUCGAUGUUAGUAUCCUGCAGCACCAAGAGACCAACACGAUUAACCUCAUGCAGCAAUUCCAACAAUCUACGAGCAGACAUGCGAUGAGGAUGAAGAGGGGGAAGAGGAUUUUGGGGAUAAGGCAGAUUAUCCACUACGGCAUGAUACAAUCCGGGCACUGCGUUGUCACUAUGCCAUAUCCGAAUAAAGAUCUAGAUCAGAAACAGCAGGGGAAUGCGCUAAGGAAAACGAGCGAUUAAAACCCGGUCUGGAUCACUACAACUACAUCUACGGAUCAUUCGAUAGCGCUGAUUUCGUAGAAUGAGCCCGCAGCAUUCGGAUUUCAAAAAGCAAAUACCGUUUGGGACAAAACUGUAAAAAGCCCCAUCAUACAAAGUCUACGGAACCCUACCACAACCAAUCAGCGAAGACUUAAAGUAACUGCCUUGCUGCAGAGCUGCGCAGCUUGUGGUUACCAUGUGAGAUCAUGUCGCAUGCGAACCUGGAAAAUUUGGGAUUCUGCAGGUUUAUUGAUAGAAUAAGUGCUUGACUACUUGUACUUCACUUUAUCUUCUUUACGUCUUUAUAUCAUUGCUUUCCAGUUUUAAAAUUUAAUGACAAAAUUUUGUUAUAAAAUAUUUUUCUGAUUAAAAUUUUCUGUUACCGUAAUACCCAACCGGCCUAUCAUUGUUUUGAUUUCUGUUGGCUUUCGAAGACUUUGCCAGAAAUGAAUGACAACGGUGACAGGCCCAUUCGUAAGAAAGACAAGGAUCCUGGAGGUUCUCAAAUAACGAUCCAGACAGAAGCUGGCGAUGACAGACCAGAAGUGCAAGAUAUUGAGGAAAUCUAUAUUGACGACGAAGCCACGGAAGCUGACUUCAACCAUGGACGAAUCAAGGAGAUACCCGCUAAUCUGAACCAGCAUACCAAACUCGAGAUAUUGACCUAUAGUCAGAAUUUGCUGUCGAAAAUUCAGAAUCUGGAUCUCUUAAUCAACCUGCGUGAGCUGGACUUCCAUGAUAACCAGAUUAUGGUCAUCGAGAAUCUGGAUUCGUUGGUGAAUUUAGAGGUUUUGGAUUUGUCGUUCAAUCGCAUCUCCAAAAUAGAAAAUUUGGCCACUCUGAAGAAACUGAAAAAGUUGUAUCUGGAGAACAACCGGAUAGAAAAGAUCGAAAACCUCGACAAUUUGAAACACUUGGAAAUGUUGGAGCUCGGUUCGAAUAAAAUCCGGAGAAUCGAAAACUUGGAUGGCUUGACAGCGAUAACGCAACUAUUCCUAGGGAAAAAUAAGAUCGCAAAGAUCGAAAACAUUUGCCAUUUGAUCGGCUUACAGUUAUUGAGCAUUCAGAGCAAUCGGAUUACUAAGAUCGAAGGACUGGAUACUUUGAUCAAUUUGGAAGAAUUGUACGUGAGCGACAAUGGAUUAGUUAAAAUUGAAGGCCUGGAGAAUAAUAAACUCUUGCGUACACUUGAUCUGGCAUCUAACAGGAUUACAGCCGUGGAAAAUCUGAAACAUUUAUCCAGUUUGGAAGAGUUUUGGUUUAACAACAAUAAGGUGGAGAAGUGGGAAGAUCUGAAUGAGCUGAAAGGUCUUGCGAACUUGAAGACAGUAUAUUUUGAGGCCAAUCCCAUUCAUGCAGAGAGCACAUACCGUCGAAAGUUGAUGCUAAUUUUGCCGCAAGUUCAGCAAAUUGAUGCUACUCUUUGUCGUCUGUGAUUCAAAAGUGACUACUGGACUUUGCCAUUUUUUUCCACGCUGACACUGGACGUCUCGUAAGACUGAUUCUGAAUUUUGGUUUCUUAAUUGUCAUCUUUAUUGAUUAAAAUUGGUUAUUAUUGUACGCUGCUCGAACAGAUCUCGCUUGGCAAAAUGCAGGCGGACAGUUAUCUAGACAUUUUGUUUAGUAAUUAUACUGCCGACGCACGUAUAAUUAUUAUUUAGAGGUACGACACCUACAAAAUUUGGUAUGGUGUCAGCCAUAAUGCAGUGACUGAUUAUUGUAUUUGUAAUCAUGUAAGGAUUCUCCAAUUGAUACUUCACGCAGUGACCGCAUGGCUUUUGUACAAUUAAAAUUCUGGUACUCUGGUAAAC